AUGCCUGCUCGUAGAGCUGACGCCAGGAAUGCAAACGACCGAAAUGCAAACACCGCCCUUCCAGUCCCAGAUCAGGAAGUCUCGAAUGCAGAGUUCAGGAACUCCAUUCAGAUGUUAUCUCAGAUUGUGGCCAACCAGAAUAACCAGCGGGCUCUAGUUCCAGAAAAUGCUAAUGUUAAGUCAAUUGCAGCCAGAGUGCGAAACUUUGUUAGGAUGAAUCCGCUAGAGUUCUUAGGAUCGCAGGUUGGAGAAUAUCCCCAAAACUUCAUUGAUGACGUCAAGAAGAUCUUUGAAGUGAUAAAGUGGAAGGAGAACAGGGGUACAAAUGUAGCUCCUAUCCCUUGGGAUUGGUUUAGUGAAACCAUUCUGGACCGGUUUUUUCCAAGGGAGCUAAGGGAGGCGAAAGCUCAGGAAUUUAGGAACAUAAGGGCCCAAAUGAACAAGUUACUUUAUGGAGUGUCACACUUGGUGAAAACAGAAUGUAGGAAUGCUAUGUUGCUGGGAGAUAUGAGCCUUUCUAGGCUUAUGACUCAUGCUCAGCAGGUUGAGGAUGAUAAGCUUAAGGAACAUGCCAAGGAGAACAAGAAGGCUAGAACUGGGAACUAUGACUAUUCUCAACAGAAAACGGGUGGUGGAAAUCGCUUGCAGGGUCAGCAGAAAAUUUCAACUCCAGCACCUUCAUCAGCUAGAGUUCCAUCCUUUAGGUUUCGUAAUGAUCAUAAAGGUGGCGGACAAUGCCAAAACAGACUCUAUGCUCUUCAGGCUCGCCAGGAGCAGGAAAAUUCUUCUGAUGUAGUUAUUAGUAUGUUAUGA